AUGGUGUGGGAUGACGUUGGAAUCUUAUUGAUGGGACGUAGUGUGAUGUACAGUGUGAGGGGUGGGCUGAGUGAGGUGAAGCAGAUGUAUUUGAGAGGGCGCAUUGGGAUGAGGAAAUUUUUUCCGCCUGGAAGCGUUUUGUUCUUUUUUGAAUACCUCCACACAGCAACUCUCUUUUGUGGUUUUCCGGAACCGCGUGAUGUAUGUUUCUCACGACGCCGUGCGGACGGCCCGAACCGCUGGGCUCCGCCACGACAACCGCUGGAUGGGUCAUGUGUGGGUGCCGGUGAAUGCCCUUCUG